AUGGCUCAGCUUACAGCUCGAACCGUCUUAUCGACCAUUAGUAAGCGUACUCUUAUUCCAACUGCCAUUGCUGGACGUCGUGGUCUAGCUACAGAAGCUUCACCUGAAGAUUACGGUUAUUAUCCGGAUCCGUUGGAGCACGCCACUGGUCGUGAGAAGAAGAUGUUAUUGGCUCGUCUUGCUGGAGAUGAUCGUUACGAACCAAAAGUUUACUACCGCGCUGAAUCUUCUACCAAGGAGAGACCAAACCUCGUACCAUCUCACUUCCCCGAUCGAAUUAUUGGAUGCAUGUGUGAGUUUUAA